CGAAGAAUUGACCAUCGUUCGAGGAGUGAGAUAUCGUGAGUCAAUUUAAAAAAUAUGUAAGCACUCCUCCCUCUCCCCUCAAUCUCAACGGGAGAGUUUACUUUCCGAAAAUAGAAGCAUGAGCAGCGUCCAAGAACACGCUCCCAUUGACACAAACAGAUGGUCUCUCGCCGGGACGACUGCUCUGGUCACCGGAGGCUCCAAGGGAAUCGGGCAUGCGAUCGUCGAGGAGCUCGCCAGACUUGGAUCGGCGGUGCACACUUGCGCCCGCAGCGAAGCAGAUCUGGAGAAGUGCCUGCAGAAAUGGCGCAAUUCCAAGCUCAAAGUCACCGGAUCUGUCUGCGACGUUUCGUCCCCAAGCGAGAGAGAGAAGCUCAUGGCGACGGUGAAGUCCCAAUUCGACGGGAAGCUCAACAUUCUGGUUAACAAUGCAGGGACAUCGAUCUUCAAACCGGCGAUGGAGCAAACCCUGGAGGAUUUCAAGCUCGUGAUCAGCACAAACCUGGAAUCGGCGUUCCACUUGAGCCAACUUGCUUAUCCUCUCCUUAAGGCUUGUGGAGGUGGGAGUAUUGUGUUCAUCACCUCCAUCUCUGGCUUCAUUGGCGGGGAUCAUGUGUCUGUGUAUGCAUCAACAAAAGGGGCAAUAAAUCAACUGACGAGAAAUCUUGCAUGUGAAUGGGCCAAGGAUAACAUUAGAACAAACAGUGUAGCUCCAGGAUUCAUAAAAACACAACUCGUCGACUUUUUGCUGGAAGAUGAGGAAUUUGUGGCGAGGGAAAAUCAUCGCGUGCCUCUUGGGCGUUUGGGGGAGCCGGAGGAUGUGGCCGGCGUCGUGGCCUUCCUUUGCCUCCCUCCUUCUUGCUACGUGAAUGGUCAGGUUAUCGUCGUCGACGGAGGCAGAAUUGUCAACGGAAAUCACUAAGUAACUAUGUUUGGGAUUACGGUAUCUUUGAAUAAGGUGGCCUGGCCUGGUGUUUGGGAUUAUGUUCUUAUGAAGAUCUUGAAUAAGAUGGUGUUGAACUCUUCAUUUAAGUUAUUGAGUGGAGAAUUAUAUGUAAUAAAUUGUAAUAUAUGUGAGAGUUUGAAUUGGACCAAUAUAUAUCUUGGUUGAA